AUGAUCUCGUUGGGGGCAGAGAAAAUAGCAAAAAAUGGUCUAAAUCCAAAAAGAACAUUUUCAACUAAUUCUGGUGAUAUUUCAUUGCCUCAACAAUUAUUUGCCUCUUCUGUCGGUGCAUUGCUUACAUCACUUCUAGUCACUCCUAUGGAUGUUGUGAAAAUCAGACUUCAAAGCCAAGUUCGGCCUUUGGUUAAGGGUGAAUGCUUUCUUUAUUCUAAUGGUGUGUAUUUAAAUAUACUCACCAGUGCUGGAUAA